AUGGCUGAAAAUUCGAAAAGCAAAGAACCCGAACCCACUGAAAACAUCAUCAUUGCGGCCGACCAUGGCCGACUUGAUCUCGUCAAGGCGCUCUUAGAGGGCGGGGCAGAUCCAGAUACUGUGGACGAGAUCGGAACUUCGGCUCUUCAUAAUGCAGCCAAAAAUGGUCACUGGGAUAUCGCCCGCCUUCUUCUCGAGAAGAAUGCAUCACCUCGGAUCGAGGAUGGCAACCGCGCAACGCCACUCCGCCUCGCGGUAAGAGCCGGUCAUAAAGAGAUUGUCUCAUUGCUCCUUGAAUGUGAUCCUCCUACAAGCGAGACACGAGAAAUCGAAAUGCACAGCCACGUUCUCAUUUGUGCAGCCGAGGGCCAUGCGGAAAUACUCAAACUCCUUCUGGAUUACAAUGCCCCCACCCUAAGUCCUCCCAGGCAAGAGACGGCGCUACACGUGGCGGCUGCAAGAGGAUAUCAUGGGGUCUGCGAGCUUCUCCUAAAGCACGAAAAGACUCUGACCCGAUCAUUUUGGAACCGGAUGGUUGGACCUAGUUUGGAAGUCUUCGCAAAAGAUUACGCGGGGAACUUCCCUUUCGCACACGCAGUUGAAAGAGGUCAUGCGCAAACCGUGGAAGUCUUUUUACGCCAUUAUCCAGAACUGGGUAAAACUUGCGAUCGCCACAAAGAGCUGCUUUUUCAUAAGGCUGUCAGGGCAAGAAAUAUCGAGAUGGUUGGAAUAUUUUUGAAUCAUGGCACCGAUAUCGAGCUGAAAGACCAUCACGGACGUCGGGCCCUUCAUGUGGCGAUUAUCUCCGAGUACAUGAGACACAUUGAGAGCCCUGAUAUGAUCAAGUUUCUACUUGAGCAUGGUGCUCUAGUGGACGUAAAGGACAACGGUGGCUACACCCCCGAAACUUACUCCAAUAAUCCAAAGAACAGGAUGAUAUUGCGUAACCAUGCAAGUACGCACUCAAAGGGCAAUUCAACACCGAUAGCACCGAUAGCCUCGGCUCCGCCACCUGAGUACAAGGCAUGA